AUGGAAGCUCGCGUGGAAGACGCUACGGAACAAGCGCGUGCGUGGGUGGCUGCGGAACAAUGCAGACAAAUGGUCGAGGCGUAUGUACGAGUUGAUAAAAUAAAGAGAGAGAGAAAAAAGCUAAAAAGCAGUCUACCCUUGCAGUGGGCAGAAGAGAGAAAACAAGAAAAGGAAACCAGGGACGCCUGUGCUGCACCAUCGUCUGGCGUCAGCUUUGUUUCGUUUCUCGUCCCAAACCCCCAACCUCCCCCCACGUGGACCUUGAUUCCUUACGAGGAGGUGCGCACAAAGGACAGCGAAGCAACUUGGUAG